AUCAUUACAAAUAGAACUGUCUUGACAUCACAUAAUACAAUGAUAUAAUAAAAUAAAUACAAAUAUAUAAGGAAUUAUAAAGCAAAAAAAUAUAAAAAUGUGUUUUAUUAUUAUCAGUAUUUUUUACUUUGCCUAAAAGAGCCGUUUCAGUUCACAUCACAGAGACAUCUGGGUUACCCGUUCAGUGCUACUAUCUUUGUGAAUGGAAUCAUGGCAGCCAGAAUCAGUUCCUGCUGUGAGUACAGAUAUGCCCCAGGAUUUCAGCAAGGUCAUAGUAGCUGCUUCAGAUGGCCUGAAUGGAGGGAAACCCUGCUUUAAAUAUGUGAAUUCAAGGCAUGGUAUUGGCACUCCAGUGAUCGUUAGUCCAGCUCCAACCUUUCAACGAGCCAUCAAAUCCAAUGAAGUAUUCUGUGCAGGUGUGGUGGAGUCGUGCUCCUCUUCCCCAUUGUUCAUCCCUCUUGGGAUGGAAAGAUCGGUGCAAAGGACUAGAAAGCUCUCUAAAGAUGCAGGUGUUUUGUCAAUAGACAGUGAAGACAUGAAUGGCAGUGUGAAAGAGAGAAGACGUCACAAACACCAAAAAGAACAAUGCAGCCAGCGAGUAGAGGGCAAAGGCUCGGAGGAAUCACAAUCACAUAAAGCAAAUGAAAUUGAAGCCAAACCUUUUGCCUUCCAACAUCCCUAGACAACAACUGCAAAAAUCAGUAUAUGAACAAGCACAAGGCAAAGAGAAUUCAGUGACUAAAAAUGAAACUAAUGUGCCAGACAGGAGCACUAUCAAGACUCAAGAUUCAUUGCAAGAAGGAAAAACUCUGAGUAAGCACAAUGCAGAGAAAACGAUGGAUCCUUCAAAAUUGAAUGGGAAAAGCAGAAACCAGGGAAAACUGAGGGACUUCUAUGAAAAAUGUGUUGAAAUGAGCACUGGUCUGGAAUCAGGCCUAGACCAACAGAGGUGGUUCAAAGUAAACAUUGAGUCAAGAACUGUGGCUCAUUGCUCACAGACAGGGUUUCCCCGGGGUCUUUUAGCUUGAUUUGGAUGGAGUCAAUCAUUUUACCAUAAAGUUUAUGACAAAAAGUAGUUUCUAAUGCUAAGAUAUACAAAGGCAAGUGUAGAAUUGUAAGUGACUGUCCAUUCUUUUACAGCAUACAUCUGAAGUAAAGUUUACUUACUUAAAUGGUAC